ACUUUUUGUUUUUCUAUUUAUUUUUUACGCUAACCUAUAUAAAGGUAAGACGAAGCGAGAGUAACUUUAAGAAAAGUCUAAUUGCUGAAAUAUUUAGAUUUCUGACAACCUGACAUUAUCAGAAUAAUUAAGACAAGCUAUGGCAGCGUUUAAUGUUGUGGUAGUUGUAACCAACGUCAUUCUACUGACGAUGUUUGCUGCAGGGCACCCUAGUGUAUUCAAGCGUUCGCUAGAUGACAACAAGGAGGCUACAUUGGACACGCCAAAGAGUAACCUGUCCCAAUGUCGUCUGCAGCAAACACCUUGUGACGUCUGCGGAAAGCCACUCAACGUUGUUAUUACCGCCAAAAAUGUCCUACAGGGAUCCAACUUUGAAAUAGCUGCCUCCGUUACCAAUGAACCUCAAAAACCAUUGCUGUACUUUCUGGAAAGAGCUGCAAAUCUGGUGACCGGUUUUAAAUUCACAUCAACAUAUUUUGCUGGUCUUGGAUACUUCAUUGAUAGCAUUAACGGCAUUGAAGGCUCAAUUGCAAGCAAAACAUUCUGGCAUAUCAGCAGUAGUGGAGUCGCACUAGAGUGUGGUGCGUCCAGUUAUAUUCCUGAGGAUGGAGAGAGGAUUUUGUUCAACUUUACUACAUAUCGUGAUGCAGGAUAUGAAUAAUUUUGUUUUAUAUCGUAAAUGAAAUAUAAGCUGUCCUGUUAUAGUUCAGUUUAUUUGCUAAAGAUUGCACUACACUAUUAGGUCGUUAAGAUAAAAGAUCUAUCUAUCUAUCUAUCUAUCUAUCUAUCUAUCUAUCUAUCUAUCUAUCUAUCUAUCUAUCUAUCUGUCUAUCUAUAUAUACAUAUAUAUUUCUAUCAUUACAAGCAGUAAAAACUUUUGAACAGCAUACUAAGUUUGCAACAAUUUUUUACAUUUCCUACUGGAUGUAGUUUAUAACUAUUUCUAACUAUUGUUGCGUACUUUUCUCUAGUUGUCAUUCUCCUUCUCUCUCUCUCUCUCUCUUUACAUAUACAUAAUAAAAGAAUAAUAUAAUAAAUAAAUAAUGGAAUGUCUAAAUAAUUUGAUUUCUUCCAUAGUAUAUUCUCCACGAUUGUUGUUUUUUACUAUUAAUUCUAAAUUGUUCUAAAAAUAUUGUAUUUGUAUACUUUAACAUUUGCUUUUAUAAUAUUUAAAAAUAAAAAGAUUUUCAAGAUAAAUAAAACAUUGUCAACGACGCUAUUUGUAACGUCAGUGUUGCCAAUUAAAUUAAAACUAU